AUGUAUGAUCAAGUCACGGAUUCAAAUAAAUACAAUGAAUUGAGAAGUAUUUGUAAAUACUACAUCGAUUCAUACAAGGCAUUGUAUCAGUUAAAAACAAAUAAUGAAGAAGAAAUAAAGUCGAUUUAUAACAUGAUCAAAACAGAGUUGAUUGAAACAAAUAAACAACUUCCGAGGAAUGUUAUGAAUAACAUUUUACAUAUUAUUACGUUUAAUAACCGCUGUACAAAGUCAUACUUAGCACUUGCUAAACAAAUAUCUGAUGAUUAUCAUAUAAAAGAGGCCGGCAAUAUUCCAUUAACUUCUAGUUACCUGUUUUAUAAAGAAUAUGGAAUUAAUUUUGAUAUGGCAGAUGAUUACAAAUUAUUGAAAUCCGAAAAACUAGAAAUUCUUUCAGAAGAUACAAUUUACAGAGCAAUCAUGAAUAAUGACAAAGAUAGAUUCAUCUUCUUCACCGAAAGUGAAGAAUUUGAUAAAAAUCAAAAAUUGGAAAGUUAUUUAUAUCCAUAUUCUAAAGACGGUUAUUCAUUACUUAAGCUAUGCUGUUACUACGGGGCAGUUGAUUGUUUCAAGUUAAUAAGAACGAAAUUCAACUCAGAAAUAACUACUAACUGUCUAGAAUUAUCAUUUUUAGGCGGAAAUCCAGAAAUCAUAAGUGAAUGUUUGAAAUAUGAAGUACCAGAUGAAGGAUGCAUAGCACGUGCAAAUAUUUCACACAAUAUUGAUUUUAUUACAUUCUUGAUGAAUGAGUUCGAAGAGGAUAUAGAUUUAGAAUAUUGCGUAAUGCAUAAGGAUCUUGAAUCAUUUUUAAUUUAUUUUGAUCAAACAAAUGAUGUUAACAAAUGCUUUUUUUAUUCAACGGCGUUUGAUAUCCCACCUCUUUGUGAAUAUUUCCUUUUACACGGAGCAAAUAUUAACACAGAAUAUGAAUCUGGAACAACCGCUUUUCAUCAAGCAGUGAUUUAUAAUAGUAUAGGAACAGCUGAACUUCUUCUAUCAUAUGGCGCAAACAUCGAUAAAGCUGAUUAUGAAUUAACCUCUCUUCAUAUUGCGAUAUUGAAUAACAGUAUAGAAAUGGUUGAACUUCUUCUUUCUCAUGGCGCAAAUGUCAAUGAAAAAAAUAAAACUGGAGAAACACCUCUUCUGAAGGCAGUAUUUGGCAAUAAAAAAGAAAUUGUUGAACUUCUUCUUUCUCAUGGCGCAAAUGUCAAUGAAAGCGAUAAAUACGGAAGAACAGUUCUUUGUAGUGCAGCAGAACAUAAUUGUUACGAAAUAGUUAAGCUUCUUAUUUCAUAUGGCGCAAAUGUCAAUCAGAGUGAUAAAGCCGGAUGCACAGCUCUUUAUCAUGCAGCAAAACAAAAUUGUUACGAAAUAGUUGAGCUUCUGAUUAAUUCUGGUGCAAAUAUCAAUCAGAAAAAUAAUUUCGGUAGAACAGCUCUUUGUAGUGCAGUAUAUCAUAAUUGUAAAGAAACAGUCAAACUUCUUCUUUCUAAUGGCGGAAAACUCACCGACUAA